CAGUACAUAUACAUAUACAUACGUACAUACGUUAGAAAAUAUUUCAUAACAUUUAAGCAGAAUGACGCAGAAUACACGAACUUAAACUUAAAAGUAUGUACUACUUGCAUUCUAUUAUUCUCCAGCUUUUGUGUUUGGUUGCAUACUAAAAUCACUAGAAAAUUCCUUCAUCUCACUCGUACAUAAGGCCCAUCCCACUUUACGCAGAGAAAUGGCGCAGAUUAACCCUCCCUCGCCUUCAUGCAAGAAGGUGUGCAUUGCAAUUCGGGUGAGACCUUCAAAUGGGGGAGUCAUUCUCCCUGAAUUUGAACGGAUGAACAACACCUCGGGAUUAAUGGAUGUCACGAUGACGUGGUCGGAAGCGUUUCUCCAUCACUUCGAGGUUACCGUGGACCCAGCUCGCUACUCUGUUCGUCGUCCUGGCUUCAAGAAGUAUGGCCUCCUGGAAAAGAUUGAAGUUAUGACGGCUGAUUCUAAGCAUGAAAGGAACGAAUAUGUGGUCCACGUGGAGGAUGAGACAGCAGAGAACCCUCCUUUGGUACGCAAAGCGAAGGGUAUUAAUCCUGCAAAACUGAAGCGAGAAACAUCUGCAUCAACCUUCAAGAACCGGCUACUAGGACAAAAUGCUGUCUUGAAGAUAAAGCUAGAAGGUCUAUUUGAAGUCUCAAAGGCGGUGGGUGUGAAAAAACCAAAGCGAGCACGCCUUGAUCAAGGACCUGGACCAUCUGUCAAGAAAGGGACGAAAACGAAUGUAAAGGUCAAAUCAAAAGUGGAUGAACGCCUUGUCCCAAAAGAAAAAAUUGGGGAGGAGAAGAAAGAUGAUGAUGAGGAAAGUCAGCAAUCUGACCUUAUGCAGGACCAGAGCGAAAGUAUGGAUCUUAGAUUGAAUGAGAUAAAAAUUCAGGACAAAAAUUGUGCGGACAAAAUGUAAUCGUUUUGUGAAAUAAAUUGAUUUCUAACUUGUUAUUAAUUUAUCAACUUA